AGAAGAGGCCAAGUUCAGCAAAGCUUUUUCCGUAGGUGUGAUGGACAGGUAGCAGAAAUUUUCUCUCUGAUACCAGGGAAUCAGAAUGACCGAGUGCUUCCUGCCUCCCACUAGCAGCCCCAGCGAACACCGGCGGGUAGAGCACAGUGGGGGUCUUGCUCGUACUCCCAGCUCUGAGGAAAUCAGUCCAACCAAAUUCCCUGGGUUGUACCGCACCGGUGAGCCCUCACCACCACAUGACAGCUUGCACGAGCCUCCAGAUAUAGUAUCUGAUGAUGAGAAGGAGCACGGGAAGAAGAAAGGAAAAUUUAAGAAGAAGGAAAAGAGAACGGAAGGUUAUGCUGCCUUUCAAGAGGACAGCUCUGGGGAUGAAGCUGAAAGUCCUUCCAAGUUGAAGCGGUCCAAGGGCAUACACGUCUUCAAGAAACCCAGCUUUUCCAAGAAAAAGGAAAAGGAUUUUAAAAUAAAAGAGAAACCCAAAGAUGAAAAACACAAGGAAGACAAACAUAAAGAGAAGAAGUCAAAAGACUUAACUGCAGCAGACGUUGUAAAACAGUGGAAAGAGAAGAAGAAAAAGAAGAAGCCGAUCCAGGAGCCGGAGCCGCCUGCCGUGGACGUGCCGCGGCACCGGCCCGUGUUCGGCGUCCCGCUGCCCGACGCGGCCGACAGGACCAUGAUGUGCGACGGCAUCCGCCUGCCCGCCGUCUUCCGGGAGUGUGUAGAUUAUGUGGAGAAGUACGGCAUGAAGUGCGAAGGCAUCUACAGAGUUUCAGGAAUAAAGUCAAAAGUUGAUGAGCUUAAGGCCGCCUACGACCGAGAAGAAUCUCCCAACCUAGAAGAAUACGAGCCCAACACAGUAGCCAGCUUGCUGAAGCAGUAUCUCCGAGAGCUGCCUGAAAACCUGCUUACCAAAGAGCUCAUGCCCCGCUUUGAGGACGCCUGCGCAAAGAGCACGGAGGCUGAGAAGGUGCAGGAGUGCCAGAGGCUGCUCAAGGAGCUGCCCGAGUGUAACCAUCUCCUCAUUUCCUGGCUGAUUGUGCAUAUGGAUCAUGUUAUUGCAAAAGAACUGGAAACAAAAAUGAACAUCCAGAAUAUCUCCAUAGUGCUCAGCCCGACUGUCCAGAUCAGCAACCGUGUCCUGUAUGUGUUUUUCACGCACGUCCAAGAGUUCUUUGGGAAUGUCUCCCUAAAGCCAGUGACGAAGCCUCUUCGCUGGUCCAACAUGGCCACGAUGCCGACGCUUCCAGAGACGCAGGAGAGCAUUAAAGAGGAAAUCAGGCGACAGGAGUUCUUACUGAACUGUUUACACCGGGACUUGCAGGCAGGGAUAAAAGAUUUAUCCAAAGAAGAGAGACUCUGGGAGGUGCAAAGAAUUUUAACAGCUCUUAAAAGGAAAUUAAGAGAAGCUAAGAGACAGGAGUGUGAAACAAAGAUUGCACAAGAGAUUGCCAGCCUUUCCAAGGAGGAUGUCUCCAAAGAAGAGAUGAAUGAGAAUGAAGAGGUUAUAAAUAUUCUGCUUGCACAGGAAAACGAGAUUUUAACGGAGCAGGAAGAGCUGCUGGCCAUGGAGCAGUUUCUGCGGAGGCAGAUUGCCUCGGAGAAGGAAGAAAUAGAGCGGCUGCGCGCAGAAAUAGCUGAAAUACAAAGUCGCCAGCAGCAUGGGCGCAGUGAAACUGAGGAGUAUUCAUCUGAGAGCGAGAGUGAGAGUGAAGAUGAGGAGGAGCUGCAGGUCAUCUUGGAAGAUCUGCAGAGGCAGAAUGAGGAGCUGGAGAUCAAGAACAACCACCUGACGCAGGCGAUCCACGAGGAGCGCGAGGCCAUCAUCGAGCUGCGCGUGCAGCUCCGGCUGCUGCAGCGCGCCAAGGCCGAGCAGCAGGACGAGGAGGAGCCCGACAAGCACCCGGCCGCCUCCCAGCAGCCCAGGGACGGCAGCCUCGAGCCUAAAGCAGCCAAAGAGCAGCCCAAAGCAGGCAAGGAGCAGCCAGUGAAGCCAUCGCCAAGCAAAGAGAGGAAGGAGACUCCCAUUUGAUCCAUCGGGCUCCUGGGGUAGUCAUAAAACCAACCGAACUGUGCAAAUUACUGUAAUUUUACUCAAACUGCACACAUGAUUGCUGGCUGUGUACAUUAUGUAAAGAAACUUUUCUUUUAAGCCCAGGAGACUUUGUCUCUCAUACUUGUGGCUUCUACUCAUCAGAGGCCAGAA